CUUCCAACGGUUGGCUAAUCCUUUAGCUUGCUGGACUAUUAAAGGGAAAGAAACGGUUAAUCUCACUCCUUGCAAUACUGACCACAUGCUCCUUAACCUGUAGUGUGUGCAAACAAAAACGGAGAGGCGGGUACUCAUAAAAGGCUUUGAGGAGUGGCUAUACCGGCUUUACAAAAACACCAGCAGUUUUUAAGUCUUGGAGCUGCGAGGCAGUCCUCUCUUUAACUUUCCACUCGGCGUCCCUAAAAUGUAAGAAAACAUAUAUCCCUGAGGCUACGGAGACAGGCGAAUAACGAAAGACAGAAGAACGAGGGGAGGGGGAGCAGGAAGCCGACCACAGAAAAAGCAGGACGCAAGGGAGGAUGACGCUUACUUAAAGACUGACACACUCGGGGAGGCAAGAGAGAAGUUUUGUCUCUCUCGCUCGCUCGCUUGUACAUUCACACGCUCAACGGUGCAUUUAAAUAAAGCACAGUUUAAACAACGCAGGUGCUUCCAACCACCAACGGAUUUCCCAUGCCACACCAGGAUUUUUUUUACGAACAAAAGGACACAUCUGUGACACUUGGAUAAGUACAGAAAACAUCAGACAAAGAGUCACCACGAAGGUAAAGAAACUUCUUGAGGAAACUUUUUGGACCGCAGAAAACGUUUAUACAUUUUCUUUUCAUCACUGUCGAGGGACAUUUUUAAAGUGGAAUUUGAAUUAGCCUAUCCUGCGCUUCUGAAUCCUUUGUGAUACAGCCAUCGGGAGGACUGUAUUGAGUGGGGCUCGCGUGAUUUCCUCUUACUCUUGAGUGUCUGAGUAAGUAGAGUUUUGAUUCCACAAGGCUCGGGGGCGUCUGGUGGGGUGUCUGGGCUGCCGGGUAGUGCAGAGGGGGGGAGAAGAAGCUGAAGCUAGAGGCUGCAAUCUUUUGGAGGGAGCUCUUUCAACAUGAGCUAAAGCAACUCCCCCCAUCUCAAGACACACAAACACAACCCUGUAAGGCUUUGGCUAAGCAGCAAAGAAUGUGUCAGGCAGCAUUUUGAUUGUAUGCAAUCAGCCUCAAAACAUUAAAAAAGAACUCAUGAAAGACGCUCCUUUGUGUCACUGCACUGCCUGUCAGGAGAAAUUUCUACACAAGUUGUUUGAAAGAGCCCCUUCUGUUUGUUGUCGCUUUUGUGCUCCACUGACCAUUCAUGGUGGACCAGGGGUUGAGGGAAAUCCUUUCAUUGUGUAGCUGUUGCAUAACUGUCACCUUUCGCCACCGGUCCCCCCGUUUUCUCAAGAGAUGUACAACGGCACCCAGCUGAUGGACAACAUCACCCAGCCAUGGGCCUACGGCAACAGCAGCACCACGCCGGCGGCAUGGGAUCUGUCGAGCAGUGCGCCCCCUUCCACGCCAUGCCCCAAGAACGACAGCUUCAAGUACCCGCUGUACAGCACUGUAUUCAGCAUCGUGUUCGUGGUGGGCCUCAUCACCAACGUGGUGGCCAUGUACAUCUUCCUGUGCUCGCUGAAGCUGCGCAACGAGACCACCACCUAUAUGAUGAACCUGGUGGUGUCAGACCUGCUGUUUGUGUUCACACUGCCACUGAGGGUAUUCUACUUCAUCCAGAGGGACUGGCCGUUUGGUGGGACUCUCUGCCAGCUGUCCGUCUCGCUCUUCUACACCAACAUGUACGGCAGCAUCCUUUUCCUCACGUGCAUCAGCUUCGACCGUUUCCUAGCCAUCGUCUACCCCUUCCGUUCACGGGGGCUGCGCACCAAGCGCAACGCCAAGAUUGUGUGCGUGGGCGUGUGGGUCCUGGUGCUGUCUGGGAGCUUGCCCACAGGCUUCCUGCUGGACUCUAUGCCCCAGAAAGUGAACUCCAGCAGUGGCGUUGGUGGCCAGUUCUGCUUUGAGAACUUCUCCUCCAAGCAGUGGAAGUCGCACCUGUCCAAGGUGGUGAUCUUCAUCGAGACGGUGGGCUUCCUCAUCCCCCUGUUGCUGAACGUGUUCUGCUCCGUCAUGGUGCUGCGGACUCUCCGCAAGCCUCAGGCUCUGAGCCGAGGCGGCAAGCUCAACAAGACUAAGAUCCUGCGCAUGAUCAUCGUGCACCUCUGCAUCUUCUGCUUCUGCUUCAUACCCUACAAUCUCAACCUGGUCUUCUACUCGCUGGUGCGUACCAAGACACUGAAGGGCUGCCAGGUGGAGUCGGUGGUGAGGACCAUCUACCCAGUGGCACUCUGCCUCGCUGUGUCCAACUGCUGCUUCGACCCCAUUGUCUACUACUUCACGUCGGAGACCAUCCAGAACUCAAUGAAGCGCAAGUCGCAGGGGAACCGCGCCUAUGAUGCCAAGUUCUCAGAGGCCUUGCAGUCGGAGACCAACUCCAGCCUCCGUUUCAAUCUGCAGACGCUCAAAGCCAAGGUCUUCAACAACGAGUCCACAGUUUGAGAGGUUUUAAUGGGGACGGACAGUUGUUGAGGUUGACAGGUGCUGUGUGAGUGAGCGCUCUGAGACCCGAAGGCUCUGAGAGACAUGUCGAACGGGUGCUUGAGUGUGGACAUGUGGUGAGACCCAAAGAAGUGUUUUGAAGUUCUCAGGCCGGACAGACAUAUAAACCACUUCAUGAUGCACCAACACUUCCCACAUAUUCCAAUGGAGAACAGUUUUUUGGGUGCAAGAGUGCGGCGAAAGGAAUGCUUAUAAUCCUCAACUGGAACUAAAACUGAACACUGGAGUCUAUAUGGAAAAUAUAUAUAUGUAAAUGUGUGUGUAGAAAUGUAUUUGAGUUGGUCUUGUGGUAAGUGAAAGUCAAAGAUAACCUACAACUACUAUUUAAUUUCACAUUAAACCAUGUAAUGCAUUUCUCAAUGCUGUUUCUGGCCACUGGUCCUGUCUUGUAUGUCACUAAUGACAGAGAGGUAUGUGAUCCUUUAACCAUUAAAACAGAGCUUUUAUGGGCACUUAAUGUUGGAAUUCACAUUAUAUUGCACUGACAUUUAAUGUCUAUGACCAAUGCCACUGUAUUUUUUGCAAGAAGCCAUUAACUGGUCAAAUAAAGCAAAAUGUGUCAUAA